GUGAGUCCCUCCUCCAGCAGAUCAGGCUUUUCUCUUCGUGCGCACCACAUCUCUGGAAAUUAGGUUUUUACAAAUUAGACCCAAAAAAAUCUAAUUUCUUUUUAUUUUUACGCGUAUGUUUUAUUCAAAGUGUCGUUUGAGAUGAUUUCACUUAAAGAGUUUAAGCUCGUGUUUUGAAUUACAUCCUGUCUAAUAGGCCUAUCCAUUAAUUUCUCAGUUCAUUCUCACUCAGCCUGAAUAUACUCAAGAAUCCGUUUGCGUAAAAGAAGAAAUCGUCCGGACAUUUGCUGUUUCUUUUUUCUCUUUGUACUUACUGAAAAGGAUUUAACAGGCAUCCUGCCACAUCUUUACAUGUUCUGAAGCAUGACAGCUGCCAAAACUGAGAUGAGCCGUUUCAAUAUCUCUCAUGAAGAAGACACCAGCAGUUCCAACAGCAACGAGUACACCCCAUACCCGGACUGUCCUAGGAAGGUCCCCCUGGGCGGCCAAUUCUCUGACAUCGAUGGAGAAAGUCAAAACUUCCUCCCCGAACACAACCUGCAGGGCAAGAAGAAGUAUGAGACUGAAUAUCACCAGGGCAAUGCUUCCUUUGGCAUGUCCGUCUUCAACCUGGGAAACGCCAUCAUGGGCAGCGGCAUCCUGGGUCUGUCCUACGCCAUGGCCAACACUGGCAUUGCCCUAUUUGUGAUUCUCCUCAUGGCCGUCGCCAUCUUCUCCUUGUAUUCUGUCCACUUGCUGCUGAAGACGGCCAACGAAGGAGGUGCACUGGUGUAUGAGCAGCUGGGUUACAAAGCCUUCGGGAUGCCGGGGAAACUCGCCGCUUCCAUCUCCAUCACCAUGCAGAACAUCGGAGCCAUGUCAAGCUACCUCUACAUCGUCAAAUACGAGCUGCCCAUCGUCAUUGAGUCCUUUAUGGGAGUAGGCAACAAAGAAUGGUACACUAACGGUGACUACCUGGUGCUGCUGGUGACCGUUGCUAUUAUCCUGCCCCUGUCGCUUCUCAGGAACUUGGGUUACCUUGGUUACACGAGUGGUCUGUCCUUGCUCUGUAUGGUGUUCUUUCUGAUAGUGGUGAUCAUCAAGAAGUUCCAGAUCCCAUGCCCUCUCUCUGUGGACGUCAGCGCUCUGAACGAAACAUUAACUAAAGUGCUGAACACCACCUUGUCCCACCUGAACACCACCGCCGUUGACUACAGCGAAGACGCUUGCACGCCAAAAUACUUUGUCUUCAACUCUCAGACUGUCUACGCCGUUCCCAUCCUGUCCUUCGCCUUCGUGUGCCACCCUGCCAUCCUGCCCAUGUACGAGGAGCUUAAAGACCGUUCCCGCAGAAAGAUGCAGGGCGUUGCCAACGUGUCCUUCCUGGCCAUGUUCAUCAUGUACCUGCUGGCCGCCCUUUUCGGAUAUCUGACAUUCAACGUGAACGUGGAGCCUGAGCUGCUGCACACCUACUCCAAAAUCUACAAGGCCGACGUGGUCCUGCUGAUCGUCCGUCUGGCAGUGCUGACCGCUGUCACCCUCACCGUCCCCGUGGUGCUCUUCCCUAUUCGUACCUCCGUCAACCACCUCCUGUGCGCCUCUAAGGAAUUUAGCUGGAUCCGCCACACCAUCAUCACUAUUGCCCUGCUGGCCGGCACCAACCUACUGGUCAUCUUUGUUCCCACCAUCAGGGACAUUUUUGGCUUCAUCGGCGCCUCUGCUGCUGCCAUGCUCAUCUUCAUCCUGCCCUCGGCUUUCUACAUCAAACUGGUCAAGAAGGAGUCCAUGAAGUCCGUGCAAAAGAUUGGGGCCACCGCCUUCCUGCUGUGCGGUAUUGUGGUCAUGAUCGGCAGCAUGAGCCUCAUCAUCCUGGACUGGAUCCACAACGCCUCGCCCAGCCAGGACGCUCCCGGCAACGGACACUAAAGGUCCACCUCUCCUGCUGUGGCCUGCCGAGGACAAAGAAGGCUUUCAGGGCUGGGCUGCUACAGCCGCGCAAAGCAACCAAGAUCCAAACCUACUGUAAAAGAAAAACAAACGCCACAAGAACUCACUUAACGCUCGGCUUUGACCUCACGAGCGAUGAACCAUGCCAUUCCAAGAGAAUGUAUCGAACUUUGUACAGUAUGUUGUUCUAGGCCACAAAGAUGGUGUUUUACUCGUUUUAUCAUUUUAUUGUAACUUUAUUUUCAUUGUCGUUUUAAGCUCGUUUUUAUUUUUUGAUGUUCUUUUUGUAGUAAUGGUACAGCUGAAAGCAAAUAUUUGAAGGUGCCUCAAAUCAGAGAUGACGGCCGAGAGUUCAAAUUGCAGCUCACGCUCAGGUGCGGUGGUAUGUGUGGCUGUGACCUCGGAGCUCUUUAACAACUAAUCCGGCUGAGAAACGUAUGUUAAUCCCCCCAAAGAUGGACAAGAGACAACCGACUUGAAAGUUCAUCCUCCUCAAAGGCAAUUAAGUUCCUUCCAACAUUUGUUGUUUCUCGUUUUUUUCCUUUGCCAAAAUUGUAUUUGUAAAGCAUGUCUGUAUAUUGAAAAGCACUUACCGUUCAGCACAAUUGUGGAGACGUCAGUUUCCAUAGGCGAGGCCCACUACACCGCCUUUUCAGUAUUCGUACCUAAGGCUUUGUGACCUUGCUUAUAGUGUCAGCUUUCCCUCUAAAACCCAAUAUAAGUCAACAGAACCUGUCUUUUCAAACCCCGACACUGGGAGCUGCAGAGUAGCUCACAAGAGGACUCUCACAGAACUGUAUUUACUCUUUAUAACCUGCUGAAGAUCUGGUUGGAACUACACUACUGCUUUGAGAACAGGGGAGGCCACCCUGUCUCCCCAUUCAGGGGGGAGAGGGUGGAACUAAAAAUGUUUUUCUUUAUUGGAGAACACUUUGAAUAUGACCACAUGCAGUGGUUCUAAUAUACCUGUUAAACUUGCAAAAGAAAUUACAUAAAACGGUUGCGCGGUUUUCUGCUUUCAAAACGUUUCACAAUGAAGAACUUGAUAGGUCGAUGCGGACUUGUUUCCCGUCUAGUCGUAAACCUGUCAUCUGACAGUGCACUGUGCUUCCGACGCUAACUUAAUACAUCACCAUACUGUUGUUGUCCAACAUCUAUUUAUGGAAGACCGUAAAAUCAAUGUAAUUUAAUCUAUUUUACUAUAUUUAUAUAAUAUUGUAUGUACAUAUAUGUAGAUAUAUAUAUAUCUAUUGAGUUCAACUGUACAUACACUUUGUUUUCAUUUCUCUCUUUUUUUUUUUACAACAACGCAUUGGAGCUGUUAAACAAAAGCGACCCCCCCCUUGCUGGUGAAUUUGUGAUAUUGAAUUGGCUCCAAUACACUGUAACUGUUCACUUCUGAAUUAUCCUACUGUGUUGACUCUGUGAAAAUUGUUACAUGUUGAAGCCACUGACAUAGCGGCAGCAGUCUUGUUUACUUUUGACCCCUGAAUACGAACCCAGAUCAGCAACAUGUUCUGUACACACAUCUUGGUUGGAGAGUAUAUUAGCCAUCUCUUGACUUCAGGAACAAAGAGGGCUUUUGCCACCAGUGUUACACUCUUGUUUCAAUGAAACACUAUGUAUAUCCUGUAAAUAAUGUCCAAUUAAAAAUCAAAGGUAAUCUA